AUGGAUACUAAAACAAUAGAAUGUUGUCUGAAGUUAUAUUUAAAUGAAAAGGCUGUGAUAACGGGCAAAGGAAGUAAAUCAUGGGAAGAAGUAAAUAUUGAAAAAGGAGUUAGACAAGGGUGUAACUUAUCACCUACACUAUUUAAUCUAUACAUUAAAAAUACUCUAAAUCAAUUAAGGGAAGAAGAAAUUUGGGGAAUAAAAAUAAAUGCUAUUCUAUACUCCGUACCACGAGAGAGCUGGG